AUGCCAAACGCCGCCGAAGGCGCGGCGCCUCGCGUGCCGAGUUACCACGACGCGUGCGACCCCGCGACGUACGACGACGCGCUCGCGGCGAAAGCGUCGUCGCUCGCGACGCGAUUCGCGCCUCUGCUCGCGCGCGACGACGACGACGACGACGCGGUGAUGCCCGAGGUGUUCGCGUCGCCGCGGAGCCACUUUCGAUCGCGAUGCCGCUUUCAAGUCGCGCGCGCGGAGGGCGCCGACGGCGCGCUGAGCUACCGCAUGUGGGACGGAGGGAAGCCGUCCGUGAUCGUGUCGACGUUUCCGAUGGCGCUGCGGCGCGUCAACGAGGUCAUGCGCCUGCUGCUCGGCGCCCUGCAAGAGGGCCUGGACGCCGCCGCCGCCGGAGGCGGCGGCGGCGCCGGUCGCGACGACGUGUUGACGACGGGGUUGGAGGCGGCGCACUUUCUCGCCGCGAGAAGCGCGAGAGGCGGCGUCCUCGUCACGCUCGUUUAUUCCUCGCCGAUCGACGCGGCGAGGUGGGUUCCCGCGGCGACGGCGCUCCGGACGCGGCUGGCGUCGGCGCUCGAGCGCUCUUCUCCCGCCGCCGCGGACGAAGAAGACGAAUCGCCGCCGCCGCUUCAUCUCCUCUCGGAAGACGAAUCGGCGCGACUCCGCGUGAACGUGCUAGGCCGCAGCAAGGGCGUCGCGCUGUCCGCGCGCGUCGUCCCCGUCCCCGGCGCUGCGGGCGACGCGUCGCCGUCGCCGUCGCGCCCCGGAGAAACGUACGUCGUCGAGACGUUACGUCUCGACGACGGCGACGCGUUCGCGUAUAAAAACGCGGAGGGCGCGUUCAGUAACCCGAACGCGUGGAUGGCGGAGCACACGCUGACGUGGCUUCGGAGCUGCGCGCGCGCGAUCGCGGCGGAGAGAGGGGGCGCGGGCGCGUCGCUGCUCGAAUUGUAUUGCGGAUGCGGGAACCACACCGUCGCGCUCGCGGGGAUGUUCACCCGCGUCGUCGCGGUGGAGAUCAGCGAGGAGCUGUGCGACGCCGCGAGGGAUAAUUUGCGGCGUAACGGCAUCGAAGAGGGCGUUUCUAUCGUCCACGCGCCCUCGGCGUCGGUCUCUCGCGAACUUCUCCGCGGCGGCGGCGGCGGGCUCGGGCUCGGGCUCGACGCCUUCGACGUCGUCCUCGUGGACCCCCCCAGGGCCGGCCUCGACGCCGACACGCUCGCGCUGGUGAAACGGUUCGAAUACGUGCUGUACAUCAGCUGCGAUCCCGCGUCGUUGGCGCGCGACGCGAUGGGCGGGGAGGAGGGAAACGGAAACGGAAAAGGAGGAGGGACGCUGCGGUUGUCUGACACACACGACGUCGUGAAGUUCGCCGUCUUCGAUCACUUUCCGUACACCCGGCACGCGGAGGUGGGCGCGUGUUUCGCUCGGCGGCGUCCAGACGGCCGGUCGCGCCGUAGUCUAUGA